AUGGCUUCGAUCAAAGGAGCAAGGAUUUGCCUCUUGGCAGUAUUUGCAGUAACUGCUGCCAGUUCAUUAACCAUUAGAAAUGAUGAUAUCAAUUUAGACUUGAAUGCAACAAGCGACGGAAUUAUAGUAAAAGCAACCAAAGGGAAUACUGCUACUUUAACUGGAAAAUUAGGAGUUUCUAAAGACUUUUCGAAAGUGACUUGCAUUGGAGACACUUUGUGCGAAAUCAACGGGUUCAAUUUAAGCAUGUAUGGUGUCGACAGCGGGUUCUACAUUCGAUGGCAAUCUAAUGAAUCGUAUACAUUCGAAGAUUGUUUCGAGUUGGAGGGUGAUGUCCAAUGGUACGGCGGUCCGGAGAAGGACAUGCAAUAUUGGCCUCUUCAAAAAAUGAACAUAUCAGGCGACCUGCCGUACGUUUCCAGUAAAUUACACAAUGCCGCCGUUGCCGAAAGGUAUUGGUUGAAUUCCAAAGGAACGUAUAUUUACCUCACUUCUCGUGUUCCUUUAUAUGUGGAUCAAAAUGUCGCAAAUAAAAAUCAAGUUUGUUUCAAAUCUGCUCUUGACGGUCCUUAUAUUUGGAGAAACUAUAAUAUUCUGGAGUAUUACAUCAUUGUUAAAUCGGAUCCUAAAGAAGCACACCUUCAUGCAGUUACCAAUCAUUUAGGAAAACCAAAAGGCCACCCCAACGAAAAAAUGAUUCGCGAACCAAUCUGGACCACUUGGGCCAAAUACAAAAGAGACAUAAGUGAUAAGACUGUAAUUUCCUUCGCCCAAGACAUAAGAAAUCAAGGCUACAAAAAUGGUCAAAUAGAAAUCGAUGAUAGUUGGGAGAGGUGUUAUGGAGCUCAAGAGUUUUCCUCGGACACUUUUCCAGACAUAGGUAAUACCGUCAGAACACUAAAAAACAUGGAUUUUAGGGUCACCUUAUGGGUUCACCCGUUCGUUAACACUGGUUGUAAUGAAGUUGAAGCGGUAGGUUUGUCCAAAAAUUAUUUUGUUUAUAACAUGGAUGGAAAUGCAACCUCUGCGUGGUGGGACGGUACAUCUUCACAUCAAAUCGAUUUUACAGACGCUGAAGCAGCCGAAUGGUGGAAAAGCAGAUUAGAGAAACUGCAAAAGCAUCCUGGAAUCGACUCCUUCAAAUGUGACGCUGGCGAAAUCGACUGGUCUCCGACGCCAUCAAAGUUUGUACACACAAACCCUUACGAAUCCCCUAACAUUCUAACCGAACGAUACAUCAGGACCUGCGCCACACUUGGAGACCUGGUUGAAGUCAGAUCCGCUUAUAAAACACAAGACUUACAAAUAUUUCUUAGAAUGCUAGACAAGGAUUCCAGCUGGGGCAUCUACAAUGGACUUUACACUUUGAUAACCACUCUUCUUCAACUGAAUAUGAACGGAUAUACAAUGAUUUUGCCCGAUAUGAUCGGAGGAAAUGGUUACGGUGGUAAAAUACCAGAUGCAGAGCUUCUGGUUCGUUGGACGCAGGCCAAUACUUUCAUGCCAGCUAUGCAAUUCAGUUAUCUACCGUGGGAGAUAACCAGCGAUAAAUUCAAUGCUUCGGAUAUCGUUCACAAAUUCGUAGACCUUCAUGAAAAAUACUCCCAAAAGAUUAUUGAUGCUAUGACGCAAAGUAUAGAGAAGGGAACUCCUGUUAAUCCACCAAUUUGGUGGAUUGAUCCUACGGAUGCCACAGCUUUAGCAUGCGAUGAUGAAUACCUUCUGGGAGAAGAUAUUUUGGUGGCUCCGGUAAUUGUACAAGGCGCAGUUUCCAGAUCAGUAUACCUUCCCAAAGGAGAAUGGACAGAUGGCAAUGAUAAUACUAAGACAUACAAAGGACCCACCACAUUAACAUAUAACGCUGACAUAUCUACUUUGCCAUAUUUCAUCCUCAAAACGUAA